GUUGCUGGUGGGAGCCCCUCAGGCCAAAGCCCUUCCGAGGCAGAGGGCCAACCGGACGGGGGGCUUGUACAGUUGUGACAUCACCUCCCACGGGCCGUGCUCACGGAUUGAAUUUGAUAACGAUGCUGACCCCUCAUCGGAAAGCAAGGAGGAUCAGUGGAUGGGUGUCACGGUCCAGAGCCAGGGCCCAGGGGGCAAAGUUGUGACAUGUGCUCACCGGUACGAAAAGAGGCAGCAUGUGAAUACGAAGCAGGAAACCCGAGACAUCUUUGGGCGGUGUUACGUCCUGAGCCAGAAUCUCAGGAUUGAAGAUGAUAUGGAUGGAGGAGACUGGAGUUUUUGCGAUGGUCGUUUGAGAGGCCAUGAAAAAUUUGGCUCUUGCCAGCAAGGGGUGGCAGCUACUUUCACUAAAGACUUUCAUUACAUUGUGUUUGGAGCGCCGGGUACUUACAACUGGAAAGGGAUUGUUCGCGUAGAGCAAAAGAAUAACACUUUUUUUGACAUGAACAUCUUCGAAGAUGGGCCCUAUGAAGUCGGUGGAGAGACUAACCAUGACGAAAGUCUAGUUCCUGUCCCUGCUAACAGUUACUUAGGCUUUUCGUUGGACUCAGGGAAAGGCAUUAUGUCUAAAGAUGAGCUCACAUUCGUUUCUGGUGCCCCAAGAGCCAAUCACAGCGGAGCUGUGGUCUUGUUAAAGAGAGACAUGAAGUCCACACAUCUCCUCCCCGAGCACAUCUUUGACGGGGAAGGCUUGGCCUCUUCGUUUGGCUAUGACGUGGCAGUGGUGGACCUCAACAAAGACGGGUGGCAAGAUAUAGUUAUUGGAGCCCCACAGUAUUUUGAUAGGGAUGGAGAAGUCGGUGGUGCAGUGUACGUCUACAUUAACCAGCAAGGCAGAUGGAAAAAUGUCAAGCCAAUUCGUCUUAAUGGAACCAAAGAUUCUAUGUUUGGCAUUGCAGUUACAAAUAUUGGCGAUAUUAAUCAAGAUGGCUACCCAGACAUUGCCGUUGGAGCGCCCUAUGAUGACAUGGGAAAGGUUUUCAUUUAUCAUGGGUCCCCGAAUGGAAUCAAUACCAAGCCAACACAGGUUCUCGAGGGUAAGACUCCUUAUUUUGGAUACUCCAUUGCCGGAAAUAUGGACCUCGACAGAAAUUCCUAUCCCGAUCUUGCUGUUGGCUCUCUCUCUGAUUCGGUAACCGUUUUCAGGUGUGUGGUCUUUGACUCGACUUCUCCGGGUUCAAUAAAUGAGGUCGCGUUGAAGAUUUUUAUGUUCUGGAUAGGAAAAUACUUCAACGUGUCAGGGGAAAGUGUUCAUCUGCAAGAAGUUGAGAAAAUAUGUUUGAAGGGACUCAGUAACACGGGCACACUUGAGGUUUACACGCAUUUAUUUUCUUUCCUUUGGUCAUUUUAUCUAGUCAUCGUGGGCACGCUCGAGGCCGAAAAGGAAAGGCGGAAAUCGGGGCUGUCGUCGAGAGUUCAGUUUCGAGGCCAGGCUUCGGAGCCCAAGUACACGCGGGUUCUCACUCUGAACAGGCAGAAGCAGAAGGUGUGCAUGGAGGAGCAGCUCUGGCUGCAGGAAAACAUCAGAGAUAAGCUGCGCCCCAUCCCUCUCUCUGCGUCAGUGGAGAUCCAGGAGUCUGGCUCUCGUCGACGAGUAAAUUCGCUUCCAGAAGUUCUUCCCAUUCUGAAUGCCAACGAACCCAAGACAAUUCAUAGAGAUGUACACUUCUUAAAAGAGGGAUGUGGAAACGACAACAUAUGUAAUAGCAACCUUAAGCUGGAAUAUAAGUUCUGUACCCGGGAAGGAAAUCAAGACAAAUUGGGAAGUUUAAUAGAGUACGAAUUCAGGGUAAUUAAUUUGGGCAAACCUCUGAAAAACCUUGGCACAGCAACCUUGAAUAUUGAGUGGCCAAAAGAAGUCAGUAACAGCAAAUGGUUGCUUUACUUGGUGAAAGUGGAAUCCAAAGGGUUGGAAAUGAUCACCUGUGACCCGCCAGGGGAAGUCAACCCCUUGAACCUAAAGGAAUCUCACCACUCAAGAAAGAAACGGGAAACUGCUGAAAAACAGAUCGACGACAGCAGGAAAUUUUCUCUCUUUAGCGAGAGGAAAUACAAGACCCUUGACUGCAGUGUGAACGUGCGCUGUGUGCCCAUCAGGUGCCCGCUGCGAGGGCUGGACAGCAAGGCGUCUGUGGUUCUGCGCUCGAGGUUGUGGAACGGCACGUUUCUAGAGGAAUACUCUAAACUGAACUACUUGGACAUUAUGGUGCGGGCCUCCAUCAAUGUGACUGCCGCCGCCGAAAAUAUCAAGCUGCCAAACGCAGGCACUCAGGUGAGGGGGAGGGGGGACCCCAGUGCUCGCUCCGCUCAGUACUCCGGAGUGCCGUGGUGGAUCAUCCUGGUGGCGAUCCUGGCCGGGAUCUUGAUGCUCGCCCUAUUGGUGCUUGUUCUGUGGAAGUGUGGAUUCUUUCGGCGCGCUAGGUACGAAGAUAGCGUUCCGGAGUACAGUGCCAUAAGGAUCCCUAAGGAAGAGCGAGAGAUCACAGAUGAAAAAUACAGUAACGACACCCUUGAGAAAAAGCCAUGGAUCACAAAGUGGAAUGAAAAUGAAAGCUAUUCCUAGGGGAGCCCCCCCCCCAAAACAAAAAAAGCUCCCCCAAGAACCCAAAUUGUUUUCUAUUUUUCACCCUUGGAACACAGAAGUUCAAAUGGAUUAGACGGCCCCGUGAACACCUGCCUGUUGACUUCAGACUGACUCCACACAGUACGGAUGGACCUGCAGUUUGAACUGUGGCUAUUGUUACGCAGCCUAAGGCUCUUGUUUUGCACAGCCAAAUUUAAAGACCGAUGGAACGGAUCGUCGUUCUCUGCCUUCACUUAACUCUCGGGGUUGCUUUCGAUUGUGGUGUGGCUGACUCACACGUGCCGGGGACAGGCCUGCCCGGUUACACUCAGGCAGUGGCCUGCAAAUGGCGCCGGAGGAUGGCACUCAGGUGCACCAGCCCACCGGUGGCCCUGCCUCUGCAAACACUUCUUCCCUUGGGAUGGGAGAACCUGCUGCAAGGGAACUGGCCCCGUUGCGUGGCUGUGGCCAGGGCAGUUGGGUUUCCAUUCACAGCGGCGCUGCUGUCAAUUGUGCAAUAGAAGGUGAUGUGGCCACUUGCCGCCGGUUUCCGUUUCCCGGAUGUGUGAGCGCUCGCUCCCCGCAGACGUGCACAGACUUGCUUCUCCUGCCUCACUAAACCACACAGGCGCAACAGAUUGGAAUGCGAAUUAUACUUGUUUGUAUAUAUCUAGCCCUGGUAUUUAUUUUUACUUUUUUAUUUUUGCAAGCCUUUUUGUGAUUGACAGGCCAAAGAUUCUCCGAUUGACCCCCUUUUAGGCUAGUGUAAGCAAUCCGAAUUAGAACUUGGAGGUCAUUGGUUUGACCUGGAUUCUUUCCUGCAAGAGGAAAAUGCUAGUUCUUUAUGAAUGUACUAGAGUGUUGUUUUUAUAACUUAAACUUAACCUUUAAAUUAAGUAUAGCAUCUCCCUCCAGGACAACCCCUCCCCCUUUCCACCAAACCCCAAAUGGUUUGUUUAAAGAAAUAGGAUUAUAACUGAGUAAGAUCAUUCAUUCUUAGCAGAAAUUGGGUAUUUCAGAGUUUAGAGUCUGGCGUGUGGAUUUCUGAAUUCCAUGCUGUAACUUUCAGGAACGAAUCGGAGAGAAUGGGUUUGUCGUUGAACUCCUGGGCAGUCCACUCACUGCCAUUAAAGCGAGGGGAUUUGAAGAGGUCCAUGGAAAGAUGUCAUCGUCUUUCAGUCCCACCCCGCCCCCCUAUAAGCUCUUUGAAGCCCUCUCGUACUGUGUGUUCAGUGUAACAGAAAUGGUGAGCGCCUGUAGUGUAUCCAAACCAACCCCUUUUGAGACUACUGAAUAUCAGAUUACCAAAACAGUGAUUCUCGUCGGAUAAAAACCAUCACGGCUCCCAAGCUUUUGAAUGUUAUUAGAACCGUUUAAUCCGAGUGGUGUUCGGUUUUUCUGUUCUAUCUUUCCCUUAUCCUAUAAAGUAGCCUUGGGACUACUUUAGUUAAAAUCUACUGGGUUUUAAGGAUUAAGAAGAAAAGAAAAGAUCUUAUUCUGUACAUUCAGUUGAAUCUGAUCUUCAGUCAUGCCAACAGAGCUACGUUGGCAAGCACUACAUCCAGUUGAAGAGAUGUGAAGGCUGCUGCUUUGUGCUAAGGACUCUGCUUUGAACCAUUAAAUGAUCUGCGAGAACGAGGCCGCAAACAGGUGCUAACUGGUUUAGGUGAACAGUGGCCUCAGCGCCUGGAUCUUUGCAAAGUCCAAACAGUUGUGGGCCACUGGUGCUUCUCAGCAGAAAUCUGAACCACCCCCGGUACUGAGGACGCCAUUCUGGUCGUACUUUUGGGGUUGUCAUGAAAAGUCACACGUGUGCUGUGUUGUUUACAACUGUUUCUCGAAGAUGGGUCAGCGCAGCCUGAAAAUCUCAGUUUCUUGCUUCGGUAACUCAAAAGUCGAAUGCACUGGCUUUGUGGGUUGCUAAAGAAGCUGGUGUUUUGAUAGCCUCCAACGGCCUGUGUUAAAAAUGAAUGUCCCAGGAGGGUUGGGUGGUCCAGCGAUGAAAAGACACGAAUGUUUUGGCAUUUGAAUUUAGAAUUGUUUAAAAAUGUCAUCUCAAGUCAAGUCACUGGUCUGUUUGCAUUUGAUACAUUUUUAUACUAACUGGCAUUGUGAAAUUAUUUCAUGAUCAGAACAUACCUGUGGAUAUUUGUGUAUAAAAGCGUGAAAUAAAAAUUUUUAAAGAAA